GCAGCAGCAAGGAAAAAAACAAAGAAGGAUACAGAAAAAAAUGAACUUUAUUCUUCGAAUUUAUUAAGGGGUCACAAACGACUCAGUGUGGGACUUCGAUUACGAGUGACCACCGCUGGUACAUUAUGAAGAGCAAUAAAUCUUACAAGCUUGUGCUGCAUAAGAGAGGUUUUGGUGGAAAUGAUGAUGAAGUGGUGGUCAAUCCAAAAGUUUUCCCUCAAAUCUGCCUUGGGGACAUAAUUGAAAUUGCACAUCCUACUGAUGAGUUCAGUCCCCUUUUGCUGCAAGUGAAAAGCUUAAAAGAAGACCUUCAAAAAGAGACAAUCAGUGUGGAUCAGGCUGUGGCACAAGCCUUCAGACUGCGUGCUUACCAAGAUGUCGUUGUUAAUAUUGUUGACCCAAAGGACGUCACUCUGGACCUGAUGGAAGUGACAUUUAAAGACCAAUACAUCGGGAGGGGUGACAUGUGGAGACUAAAAAAGAAUUUGGUAAGGACUUGUGCCUAUGUGUCACAAAAAGUGGAAUAUGCUGGAAUCAGAUCCCAGGCAAGUGAACUGUGGGUGAAGGGAGAGAAAGUGACUUGUGGAUACAUCAGUGAAGACACCAGGGUUGUGUUCAGAUCCACAUCUGCGAUGGUUUACAUAUUCAUCCAAAUGAGCUGCGAGAUGUGGGACUUCGACAUUUACGGUGAUUUAUACUUUGAAAAGGCUGUGAAUGGUUUUCUUUCUGACCUUUUUGGCAAGUGGAAGGAUAAAAACUGCACUCAUGAAGUGACAGUUGUGCUCUUUUCACGUACAUUCUACAGUGCCAAAUCAAAAGAUGAAUUUCCUGAGCAUCUGAGAGCAUCAAUCCAACAAGAUCAUGAAGGUCAUUUUUAUGAGGACUUCUAUAGAGUUGUGGCUCAGAAUGAGAGGCGUGAUGAGUGGACAUCAUUGUUAGUUACUGUCAAGAAUCUCUUUAUUCAGUAUCCUGUUCUGGUGCGACUGAAAGAAGCAGAUGGCUUUCCCCCUGGAUAUAAUUCAACCUCUGCUCAAGGAAACUACUUGGAAGCCCUCAACCUUUCUUUUAAUGUGUUUGACAAGCAUUAUAUCAAUCGAAACUUUGACCGGACUGGCCAGAUGUCAGUGGUCAUCACGCCAGGUGUGGGGGUGUUUGAAGUUGACCGUCUGCUCAUGAUUCUGACCAAGCAACGAAUGAUUGACAAUGGUAUUGGUGUUGACUUGGUGUGUAUGGGAGAGCAGCCACUACAUGCAGUACCGCUAUUUAAGUUGCACAAUAAAUCGACACCUGACUCUUCUGUGGGGAAUGACUAUCAUCUGCCUCAUUGGAUCAACCACAGCUUCUACACCUCCAAAAGUCAGAAUUCUUUUAAUACCUUCAUUCCCCGAAUUAAACUUGCAAGCCACAAGCGUCAUUAUGAAAAACUAAAAAAAGGCACAGAACAAACUUUAUCUAUCCAAAAGGAGUGUGAGAACGGUCUGCCAAUACAGGUGGACUAUGAUGCAUAUGACUCUCAGGUUUUUAGACUGCCCGGUCCUUCGCUGAUUCAGAGAAGUCCCACAUCCAGGAUGGUUCGGGGUAAAGAGAGAAGUGGAAAAAAAAGCUGUGGGUCUGCGGAUGUUUCAACUUGCAUGGGCACAUCUCCUCCUUUGUGUUUCACUGGUGCUGAUGAACAACAUAGCCUGGCAUCUGAUGACAGUCUUGGCCCUGUAGCUAACAUGUUUCUGAUACCCCGGAUGCCUUCUAUGGUUUAUGAAGUCAGUAGCUCUCUCGGGUACACAUGUGCCAAAGAGUUGUCUGAGAAGACGGUGGAAUCUCAACGAGACUCAAGUGCUCCUGCUAGGUUCACAGUGGGAAGUGCUGAGUCCACCCUGUACAUACAGCCAGGAGGCUAUACACCGCAGAGAGCCCUUAUAAACCCCUUCACACCAACCAGAAUGCCCAUGAAGCUCACAUCUAACCGCAGGCGCUGGAUGCACACAUUCCCUCUUGAUACUCUUGGAGAAGCUAUUCAAAUCCAUCACCAGACCAGGCAAAGCAUUGCUGAAUUGCAAGACAGUUAUCAGAGAGAUCAUGCCCACAUCUCAUCUGAGCCGCUGGAAGUUGCAAAUCAGGAGACCACAGGAAGGCAAACAAGCUACCCACAAGCAGAUGACAAUGUUGUUUACAUUAGUGGAGGGACAGAAGAAUACGCUCAAAGUCCUGGCAACAAUGGUGGGACCAGCAAUGCUUCUGAAUUUGACGACUUCCCUCGAAAUGGAGCCAAUCCAAUUCCCAGCUUCUGCUGUGCAGUGGGAGUUGACUGGAAAUCUCUGACCACACCGGCCUGCUUGCCACUCACCACUGACUACUUCCCUGAUCGGCAAAUGCUACAAAGUGACUACACUGAAGGAUGCUAUGACUUGCUGCCACACAGUGACCUGGAGAGGCGAGAAGAUGAAUCGCCAGGGAUGACUGCUACUCAAGUGUUUGAAGAAUUUAUCUGUCAGAGGUUGAUGCAGGGCUACCAGAUCAUUGUCCAAUCAAACAAGAGGAGACGACAACCUUCUGUGGCUACCCCCCUUGGCAGCAGUCCUUUAUACACCAGAGGUUUGAUAUCAAUGCGUCGAGGAGAGGAAGAAGAGACGGUUUAUUGGCUCAGUAUGGGUAGGACCUUCCAUAAAGUUUGCCUCAAAGACAAGAUACUCACCGUUACUCGAUACUUACCAAAAUACCCAUACGAGUCACGUCAUAUCCAGUACAACUACAGCCUUUGUCCUCCACAUGUCGAUGCUCAGUUUGUCUCCUGUUGGGUUGAGUUUGGCCAUGAAAGACCAGAGGAAUAUAAAUGGAACUACUUGGACCAGUAUAUUUGCUCUGCAGGCUCUGAGGACUUCAGUUUGAUCGACUCACUCAAGUUCUGGAGGACAAGGUUCCUCUUGCUUCCAGCUGGAGGAGCUCGGCGUGUAGCUGAUGGAGAUGGGCACUGGGAUGUUUAUGGCGAUGGCUCAAAUACUGGAAUGGGUGGUAGUGGUGACUGGGUCCUACUGGAUGGCUUCAUUCGCUUCCUUGAGGGAGUCAACCGCAUUCGCCGACGUCACCGUUCAGACAGGAUAAUCAGAAAAGGCACUCCCAUGAAGGCCUUAAAUUCUCUCCUUUCAUACCCUUCUGAACCAAUGGUGCCCCUGCAAGGCAAAAAAGGAACAUCAGCUUUAUCUGCGUUACUGGAGAUGGAUCAGAACCAUAGGACAUUGGAGGAGCAACAACAGAAGCCCAAGCCCAUAACACCUGUUUCUGAACUCCCAAGUGCAGAAAGUCCACGCAAGUUCGCUGCUGAAUACAUUGAAGGCAUUGACAAGGGAUUUCAAGUGGGACUGACAGCUGGAACAUCAGUACAGUCUGCAGGUGAAACUGCAACUGGCGUUAGUGUUGACCAAAGAUUAGCGGGAAACAAUGCACUGGAGGACUUUUCUCUGUCCUCUUCGUCAACACUCCUGGAAAUCCUAGAGGCCAUUAAAAAUCCCACGACAGGUGUACUCCUGCUCCCAGAACAGCGAGGCCUGCCAUUCAACUGCUUCAUCAGCGCUGAGGUCAUCCACUGGCUAGUCACCAAUGUUGAGGGUGUAACCACACAGAGCAUGGCUAUUGAUGUUAUGCAGAAAAUGCUUGAGGAGGGUUUGGUGGCCCAUGCAUCUGGGGAUGCUAUGCGGACCUUUGUUUAUGGCUUCUACAUCUAUCGGAUUGUGGCAGAGAAGGAUGCAGGCCAGGCCUCACAGCUCCCCCCAACAGUGGCUUGCGGCUGGUCUACCGCAGGCUUGGAAGACUUUGCCCUGUUUCAGAGAAAAUGGUUUGAAGUGGCCUUUGUGUUUGAGGAGCAACAACCAUCUGACCUCCCGGCAUUCCUUCUGCCCUGGCUGCCUAGCCGACCAGCCUCUUAUGCAAGCAGGCACAGCUCUUUCAGUCGCAGCUUUGGCGGACGCAGCCAGUCAGCUGCACUGCUAGCUGCCACAGUUCCAGAUCAGAAGACAGUCACUCUGGAUGUGGAUGCUAAUAAUCGCCGGGGUCGAACUGAAUGGUGCACCUGUUAUUACCACGGCAGCUUCUCCCUGAAUUCUGCCUUUGAGAUCAAACUUCAUUGGAUGGCUGUCACUGCAGCUGUCCUCUUUGAGAUGGUUCAAGGUUGGCACAGGAAAGCGGCAUCCUGUGGUUUCUUAUUGGUUCCUGUGUUGGAAGGUCCGUUCGCACAGACGUCACACCUGUAUGGUGAUCCCCUGAGAGCUCAACUCUUCAUAAGUCUUAAUAUUCAUUGUCUGAUGAAGAAUGGUAGCGAAAAUCUGUUUGAAGGUUUUGAACCAGAAACUUACUGGGACAGGAUGCAACGCUUUCAAGAGGCCAUAUUGUACAGAUUUGGGUUCGUGCUCGACAAGUUUUCUGCGUCAGCUUUUAAUUUCCCAUCAGAGAACAGACCCCAGUACAUCCACGUAACAGGCACUGUUCUGUUACAACUGCCAUACUCCAAAAGAAAGUAUACCAGUGGGCAACAGCGUCGACGCAGGAACUCCACUACAUCCACCAACCAGGGGUCGAUCAGUGGUGAAGAUCGGAUUGGCUUCUAUUGGUCCUACAACACUAUGUUAACAAAAGCCUGGAGGACCGGUGUUCUGGGUGACGAGAGAAUGGCUGACCGCCUGCUGAAAGACUUUACAGACUUCUGUGCCAAUAAAGACAACAGACUACUGAACUUCUGGAACAUUUGCCUGGAGAAAAUUAAUACCAGCGCCCCCUAAACAGCAACUGUAGCUUCACAUUUCAGUGCAAUUUUAAAUGCCUGGUUGCUACAUUUGUUUGAAUCACAUCUAUUCCAAACAGUAGGUUUUUUUUUAAAUCAAUGACUGAUACCAUGAAGCAAACGCGUUUUGAUUAUGGGUCGCAUUGAACGCUGAUUGCCCUUGGAGAGCCGGUUACCACUUUGAAACCAUAUGUAAUCAUGUCAUGAUUGCGCAAUAUUGUUUUAAAUAUCCAGCAAACGCCUGAUUCAUCCGGCUAGUAGAUAUGUCCUUUGAUAUUUGCUCAGUUCUUGUUCACAUGUGCACAUAUACUGUCCAGACCAGGUGGAUUUGCCAUCUACUGUAAAAACGGUCUAAAUAUUAAAUGUAGGAGUUUGCCCUAAUUUUCAUUAAAUAUGCUGAUAGCAGGUCCCUGCCAAAUGCUGACUGCUCGGGGAGACAGCAUAAUGAGAUGUGUUAAUUUUGUUUUUUCAUUGACAUGGCAGCAUUUCUCUCAGCUUCUCUCUGAGCUUGUUCUUGUUGAUUAAUAUAUGUUCUCAUGCAGCUAAGAAGGGCUAUGGCAGCCCGGGCCACUUUGUGGCUGGUUGGGUUUCUGGCCCGUCAUGGUAAUUGUGAUUCGAUUUUUUUUUUUUUUUUAAUGGAACAUAAACCUCGGUGAAACAUAAAUGGGACUGCUUCUGUAAAUAUUUUUCAGAUGUGGUUAUGAGCUUCUAAAAUCCUUUUUUCUUCUUCAACGAAAUAAAAAGCUUUGCUUAUG